GCAGCAAUACACCAACGUGUGUCUACUCUGCCGGAAAUAAACCAAAGAAGAAGCAUUUCUGGGGCGGGGCGCGAGUUUGACUCCGUACAUCACAACAGAAGAGCUGAAGACUAAUGACUGGGUUUAGUUUAAAGCUAUUAAAUUCAUUUUUUGUGUAGUCUUUUUUCACGCCAUUACUGGCUAUCCAAGUCCGUGUCGUAGCUAUUUGAGUUCAAUACAUUACAUCGUUUCUCAAGCAAUUGUGUUUGUUUUUGUUACGUUUGCUUGUGUUGAAUGCUAAUAGUAGCUAGCUAAGUGUGUCAGAACCAUAGGUUAGAACCGUUAUAACGCUAACUUUAGCCUCUGCAUCAACGUGAGAACUCUGACAGGAUGGCCUCAUCGGAGACAGACAGUGGGUGUCCCGGUGUUGAAGAAGGAGAGUCUUUUGUAAAACUGUGCGUGUUGGAGGGCUUCAGUGAGAGCAGCGAGACCAAAGCUCUCAUUGCCAGCCUGCCUGAGGUCCACGGGGACAGGGUGACAAGCGAGCGCGCCACAGAGAAGUUCUUAGUGACAAUGGACAGAUACCAAGAGCAGCCUCAUCUCCUGGACCCUCACUUGGAAUGGAUGGUUAACAUGAUGCUGGAGUUUGUGAGGAGUGAUACGUCCCCGCCUUCAUUAGUUCAUUUGAGUUUCAAGUUUCUCUACAUCAUCUGUAAGGUCAGAGGCUAUAAAAUCUUCAUGCAGCUUUUGCCCCAUGAAGUGGCAGAUGUCCAUCCAGUACUGGACCUGCUGUCCAGGCAGGAUCCCAAAGACACUGGGACUUGGGAAACUCGCUACAUGUUGUUGUUGUGGCUUUCCAUGACCUGCCUCAUACCCUUUGACCUUUGUCGUCUGGAUGGUCACCUGGAUUCAGACGGCGGCAAGGCCAAAGAGUCCACCAUGGACCGUAUUCUAGCUAUUGCAAAGUCCUAUCUCCUGGUCUCUGACAGCUCCAGAGAUGCAGCGUGUGUACUAGUAUCAAAGUUCAUCACACGCCCUGAUGUCAAAAUGAAGCGCCUUGGAGACUUUUUGGACUAUAGCCUGACCACCAUAACCCAAACGAAUGACCUGUCACCGUUAGACGUUGGGAUGCUGGAUGGUGCCCUGCAGUCUCUGGGGAAGCUUUUCAAACAUGGAAAAAGAGAUGACCUCCUGCAGUAUGGUAGGUUUUCUUUCCCCUGUUAA